AUGCCGGGAAUCCUACCUAUGAAGGUUAUCAAGGUAGGCACCAGCUCCCAGAGCCGCAUCGCCCAGGCUUGCGAUCGCUGCCGCAGCAAGAAGAUCCGUUGUGAUGGCAUCCGCCCGUGUUGCUCGCAGUGCGCCAAUGUCGGUUUCGAAUGUCGCACCAGCGACAAGCUCAGUAGAAGGGCCUUCCCACGUGGAUACACAGAGUCGCUGGAGGAACGCGUGCGGCAGUUGGAGUCGGAAGUUCGGGAACUGAAGGACCUGCUCGACGAGAAGGAUGAGAAGAUCGACAUGCUCUCAAGGAUGCAUGGCAACAAUGCACGCACGCCUGCUGCGCCCAAGCAGAGCCCGCACACGUCAUCUGGCGACCAGAGGGACCCGAGCCCACGUCCGAAAGAGGACACUUUCCGCGUCCAAGCCUCGCCUCUCCUCCUUGGAGUCGAGAAUUCCGAUUCUUAUUUCAUGGGCGCUUCCAGCGGCCGGGCAUUCAUCGAGGCGUUCAAGCGGAAGGUCCAGGAGAACGGCAAGCCUUGCCCCGAUUUUCUCCCCGAGACAUUCCUGCACAUUCAAGGGUGCUAUCCUCUCAUCCCCAAAGCGCCCUCCCAGGCGAUGAGAAUCCCAGCGCGGUUAUUCACCGAUCGAUGCGUCAAUGUCUACUUCCAGGAGUGGGCUCCCUUAUUCCCCGUUCUCCACAAGCCGACAUAUCUACGCGUCUACGAGGAAUUUGUGGCGGAUCCAGAGAAGAUCAAAAACAACCAUAAGCUUGCCCAGCUCCAUCUUGUCUUCUGUAUUGCCGCCCUAUCAAGCGAGCACCCCGAUCUCGAGCAGAUUUCCGCUUGUGAGCUGCAAUGGCAGAGGUCCUUGGACGCGAUCAUCAUGGAUAACACCGUCAUCACUCUUCAGUGCUUGGUGCUUGCCUUGAUGUACUGCACCGUCAGAGCCGAUUACAAGCGAUUGCAACACUACAAGGGCAUCGCCGUUGGGCUGUCUCACCGCCUCGGGUUGCACCAGAGUCAAAAGCGCUUCUCGUUCGGCGCUUUGACGAUUGAGACGCGGAAGAAGGUGUUCUGGACCCUGUACACACUCGACUGUUUCUCUGCCGCGAUCCUUGGUCUUCCCAAGCUUCUCAAAGAAGACGACAUUCACGCCGAGUACCCGUCCGACACCGACGACGAGUACGUGACUGAGAAGGGCUUCGAAGCAUGUCUUCCCGGUGAGCACACGCGUCUAUCAAGCGCGCUGGCUCUCUUCCGGGCGACCCGCAUCCUCGCAAGAGUCCUCCAGAGGAACUACCCUGCAGCAACAUCGCACGAGUUGUCUUUGCAACAGAUGUCCGCGCUUCAGGCUGAGCUUGACGAAUGGUCGGAUAACCUGCCCUCACACCUGAAGCUCACCUUCAAGCAAGACAAGCCUUCGACGGAUUUGACCGGGAGCCGAUCUCCGCUGCUAGCCCUCGCAUAUUACUACACCAAGACUCUCAUCUACCGGCCUGCUGUAGGGUCCAGCCUGGGCUCGAAAUCUGCCCCUGCCCUCAUCGCGAUAGGCGAGUCGAGCAAGCAUAUCGUCCAGAUCGUCCAGCUUUUGGAGGAGAGGAAUAUGUCCUUCUCAUUUUGCCUAAAUAAGACCGACACCCUGGUCCUCUGCGGCAUGACAUUGCUAUAUCAGAGCCUGGAUCUGGGGCACGGGAGCAAAAUGAUGAAGGAUAGCGAGAAAUAUGCCAAUGCCGUAAUCAAGAUAGUCGACAAGGCGAAGGCUCCUGGUUCGCUCGAGUUGAAGCAAAUCGCCGGAACGCUCAUUACCCUGGAUGAUCAGCCUCAGCCGCAGCCGCAGUCGUCAUUCCCGGCACCAGCACGACGAAGUCCCGAUGCCUGCAUGGCGGCUCCACCCAACCGAUCAUCGCCCCCGACCUCACGUGCCUCCCACAAUAAGGUGUCUUCCUCCCUCGGUCGACAUGCGAGCGCCAGCGCGAGCGAGACAGAUCUGCUCUUGAAGCAAGAGAAGCUCCGCAGAAUGACCAUGCCACAGUUAGCACAGACCCGGCCUGAGCUGUACCGCGUCCGAUCCCGACCUUCCUUGGAUAGUGGGAGACACGAUCAUCCCCUUCCCCGGCCCAAUCACCGUCUAUCCCUGAGCCAGGCCCAAGCCGCACAGGCGGCAAUAAUUGCUAGGGUGUCCCCGACGCCUGGCACGAGUCAUAAGCAGAACCUCGAUUUUUUGUCUCUAGCCUCGGGAGCUUCGAAUAAUCAGCAGCCUUCGUCGCCCGUUCAGAGCCGUGGACAACAGCAGAGCGUUCCUCAGAGACAGCAGCAGGGUCCCCCCCAGGGGCAGCAGAAUCAAUUCUACCCUCAGCGUUCACAGAAGGCCUCGAGCGUCUCGACGGCUGAAUGGGAAGCGCUACUGGGCUCGCUGGACAAUGGACAGCUCAAUCUCUAUGACGCUAUAUACGGAGGACCCAAGAUCUCGCUGACAGAGGCGCCUGCCCCAACCUCGAACUGGUCUUCAGACCCCUGGGACCUCUCGAACUUCAACAUGGGAGACUUUGAAACCACUGGUGCCUCGGCACAGAGUGUCCUGAGCCUUAGCGACGAGAGCUUAAGUUCUGGAGGAGAAGAUCUGGCGUCGAGCGACAUGGGCUUGAGCGUCGGCAGUCUCGAGUACGCGAACUCUCUACUGCCUGGAACGACCGCUGGUGCGACUUCGGAUGGCUUUUCCCUUGAUGGUUUGGACGACAACUUCGGGUUAUGA